AUGUCAUCCAGGCUCAUCCACCGCGUCACAAUGUUCAAGGUCCAGGGCGCCGACAACCAGGCCCAGCUCCUCGCCGCCUACGACAAGCUGGCCAAGGAACAGAAGAGGCACGGCAAGCCAUACAUCGCGUACCUCUGCGCAGGCCGUUCGAACCGGGAGGACCCUCGCAACAAGGGGUACACGCUCGUGGCACACACCAAGUUCAGAACGAUGGAGGAUAUGCGGUUCUACGACAAUGAAUGUGAGGCGCAUCAGGAGCUCAAGGCCCUUGUGAAGGGUCUGGGGGUGGAGGCGCCUUUGACGGUGUACUUUGACGGCACGCCCAUCGUGGAUUUGACGCACGCCUGA